AUGGCUCUCCUGCUGCACAGUGUCCUCUGUGUGGUCCUCAGCUGGACAGGCCUCUGUUCACUCCUGUACAUAUUCAGUACAGGACUGCUUGCUGCGGUUGCAAUCUGGACUGUGAGGCUGCUGCUGCGUCACGCCUGGUUCACUCACAGGCUGUCCUGCUUCAGCAAACCACAGGCACGCUCGUGGCUGCUGGGCCAUCUGGGACAGAUGCAGAGCAAAGAGGAAGGUCUUCUGCAGGUGGAUGACUUGGUGCAGACGUUCAAACACUCCUGCUGCUGGUUCCUCGGUCCUUUUUAUCACCUGGUCAGAGUCUUCCACCCUGACUAUGUCAAACCUCUGCUAACGGCACCUGCCAGCAUCACAGUGAAAGACGAGUUCGUGUAUCACCACCUACGCCCAUGGCUGGGACACAGUGUGUUGAUCACUAACGGAGAGGUGUGGUCUCGCAAGAGACGGCUGCUGACUCCAGCUUUUCAUUUUGAUAUUUUGAAGAGCUACACUGUCAUAUUUAACUCCUCAGCUAAAACCAUGCAUGACAAGUGGUGCCGACUUGCGGCAGAAGGCAAGACUAAUAUAGAGAUGUUUGACCACAUCACUCUGAUGACUCUGGACAGUUUACUGAAAUGCGCCUUCAGCUACAACAGCAACUGUCAGGAGUCUUCCAGUGAGUACGUGUCAGCCAUAGUGAAGCUCAGUGACCUGAUAAUAGAUCGACGACUGAACAUUUUACACCACUGGGACUGGAUUUACUGGAAGACUCAGCAGGGGAAGCGUUUCAAAGAAGCCUUAAACAUUGUACACAGGUUCACCAGGGAUGUGGUUCAGAAGCGCCGUGCCCUCCUCAACCAACAGGGGGAGACAGAAACACAGUCUGAUAUUGCCACAACGCCACAGAAGAGGAGAGAUUUUGUGGACAUUCUGCUGCUGACAAGGGAUGAAGAUGGACAAGGCCUAACAGACGAGGAGAUCCAGGCUGAGGCCGACACCUUCAUGUUCGCAGGUCACGACACAACAGCCAGCGCCAUCUGCUGGACGCUGUAUAAUUUAGCACGCCAUGAACAUUAUCAGGAAACAUGCAGACAGGAAGUGAUGGACCUGAUGGAGGGACGAGGUGGACAUGAAAUUGAGUGGGAGGAUCUGUCCAACCUUCCCUUCACCACCAUGUGCAUCAAAGAGAGCCUCAGACUCCACGCUCCUGUGCAGGCUGUAACACGGAAAUACACACAGGACAUGGUGCUGCCAGGGAAUCGCAUAGUCCCAGAGGGUGUAAUCUGCCUCGUCAGCAUUUAUGGAACACACCACAACCCCGCUGUCUGGACAAACCCACAUGAAUACGACCCCCUACGAUUUGAUCCAAGCACCACAAAGAGCCACGCUUCUCAUGCCUUCAUCCCCUUCUCCUCAGGCCCCAGGAACUGUAUCGGUCAGAAAUUUGCCAUGGCUGAGCUUCGAGUUGUUGUGGCGUUGACCUUGCUCAGAUUUCGACUGACCCCAGGGGUGAACCCUGAACUUGGGAGCAGUUCGUCAGGAGUUCGCCGUCUCCCCCAGCUUGUCCUGGGUGCAGAGGGAGGCCUGUGGCUGCAGCUGGAGCCUCUGAACACACCCAAACUGAAGGAGCAGUCAGAUGAAUGAUGCAACACAUAAUGUUAGCUUGUUUUUUAGAAAAGAGUUAUGAAAAGCUCAGCCAGGAAGUGAAGCUUAAUGCAAUCCUUACAUUAAUGCCCAUCGACAGACAUCAUCUGUCCACAGUAACUUCCUGUUAUUUGACCUCAUUAUUUAGUGUUCUUAUUUAAUAUAGCUCAAACACAAUAAUAGCCAUGCAAAUCUUUCAUUACUCUCAGACCCUAAUUAGCACCUAAUUGGUUUGAUUUUGAGUUUUCACACAUUGACAUUAGAACUGAAAUCUUCUUGUCAGUGCCUGAUGAAACUGUGUGCAGGAAACAGAUAUUCAGCUCACACAAAUAAGACUUCAAAUUAUCUUUAACCUGUGGAGAGACACAGAACAUUUACAUGAAUAUUUCCUUUCUCAUAUUUUGGUGGCUCAGCUGAUCUGUUGUCCCUAAAAAGAACACAACUGAACUAAAGACAUGAAUAAAUGUCCUGCAUAAAAAGACAUCCAGGUCACCACAGUGGAAGAAUUCACUUUUAAAUCAGAAAGCCUGCAGAUUCAUAUUAAAACUGGACCUCUGUUAGAAUUUGGUCUGCAUUUUGUUAAUGUGCUGUAAAAAUUGCUACAGGCAAAGUCUUGCUCUUUAUCGCGCACAAAAAUGUGCAGAAAUGUUUUGUAUUUGGCUUGUUUGAUUCUUC